AUGAUAUCAAAGAAGGCAAUUGAUGAAUUUUUACUUUAUAUUGAAGAUGCAAAUGAAGAAACUGCUUUGUAUUACUUAGAGAUGUGUAAUGGUAGUGUUGAGGAAUCUUUAAAACUGUAUUAUGAUAUUAACGGGGAUAGCAUGAUACAAAGUAGAGAGUAUGAAAAUAAGAAUGAAAUUAUAAAUGAAAGAGAAAAUAUAACUGAAGGUAAUAAAUAUCAAAAUAAUAUAGAAACAACAAAGGAUAAUGAGAAAAAAAAUAUGUGUCCUCCUUGUGAUGAUUAUGUUAGAGCUCCUGACAAACAUUUCAGCCAAGCGUUAAUUAACGAUAUGGAUGAUUCAAAUUUUUAUACAUAUAAUAAUACAAAUAAAAAAAGUAAUAAAUCAAAAAUUCAAUUAGGAGAUACCUUUCAAAAACUUUUUUCUCCUCCUGAAUCUUUAAUAUGUUCAUUAUCAUUUGAAGAAGUUAGAAAAAAGUCUAAACACGAAAAUAAAUUUAUUUUAGUGAAUAUACAAAAUACAGAAUUUGAGUCUUUGAGAUUAAAUAGGGAUAUAUGGAAUAAUGAUGUUAUUCAACAAAUUAUAAAAAGCUCUUUCAUAUUGUGGUUACGAUAUGAAUAUGAUCAAGAUGCAGCACUUUUUAUGAACACCUACAAGGUGCAUAGGUUGCCAUAUUUAUGUGUCUUGUGUAAGCGAACUGGCAGACAAUUAAAAGUUUGGAAUAUUAGAAAUUUUCAAGAUCCUAUAUGUGCUCAAUCACAGUUGUAUGAAUUUAUUGAGAUGAUGGAAAUUAAAAGUACCUCUCGUAAUAUAAAUGAUAUAACAACAAGUUGUAAAAAUGUAAACACAAACAUGAGUGAUACGACAACUGUAAAUACUAUAAACACAACUAAUAUUAAUGUUAAUAAUAAUGAUGAUGAUGGUCAUGAUAAUGAUAUGAUUAAUAAUAUAAAUGAUAGAAAUAUAGAAACUUUUAAGGAACCAUUUAAAACUAUCCAACCUUCUGGGUAUGAUAAAAAUAAAUUAUUAUUCAAAGAAAAAACACAUCAAAUAUUACCAGAUGAAAAAAAAGAUAGUAUAAAUAAUUUAAAUAGUAAUUCAUAUAACAAUCAAAAUUUAAAAGAAAUAAAAAGUAAUGACAAAAAAACAGGAGAUGUUCUUGAAGAAUAUAAUACCAUAAAUAAUGAACUAUCUCAAUUGCAUAAAUUAAGAAUGCAAAGAUUUCAAAAAAAAUAA